AUGGACAAGAUCAAGAUAUCAAAGGUCGAGAACGUGACGCUUCACAAGAGGACCACCCAGGCCACAGGCACCCUCCACAUCUCCACCCACCAUCUGAUCUUCGAGCAUCGUCCAGAUGUGCCCGCCAAUACGAAAGCGCCGCUUAAGGGCCACGGCCGCGUCAAAGAGAUGUGGAUCACAUACCCCAUGAUUGCCUCUUGUGUCUACCGACCCAUGCCCGCCGUCCUCCGACAGGACCACGCCAUCCGCCUUCGCUGCAGAGACUUUACCUUUGUCGCUUUCCACUUCUCCGACGAGACCCAGGCCCGCAGCGUCUACGACACCAUCAAAGCCCUGACUUGUGGCCUCGGCUCUUUCAACAAGCUGUAUGCUUUUUCCUACGACCCUCCCCCGAUCGAGAAGAACAUCAACGGCUGGCAAAUCUACGAUGCUCGCAAGGAGUUCAAGCGCAUGGGCAUCUCUCCCAAAGGGGCUGAUCUAGGCUGGCGCUUGACCGACAUCAAUCGUGACUACGAAUACUCGCCCACAUAUCCCUCCCUCUUGGUUGUGCCGUCUUCCGUGUCCGACAAUGUCCUCAAACACGGUAGAGAAUACCGUUCGCGCUUCCGCAUCCCCGCUCUGACCUACUUGCACCCGGUCAACAACUGCUCCAUCACCCGAAGCUCACAGCCAAAGUGUGGCAUGUUUCAAAAAGAAAGGAACCCUCAGGACGAACGGCUGGUCGCUGCCAUCUUCUCCACCUCAAAACCGCUGGCUGGCGCUGGCAUGCCUAUACUUGACGACGACGGUCAGCAAUUCGAUCCAGACAUGCAAGAGACUGCAACUUCCCUCGGUGACAAAUCACGACCCAGUACCGACAGUGUUGCCAAUCAGUCUAGCGACAAGGUCUAUGGAGCCCAGCAAAGAAAUUUCAUCGUCGAUGCCCGUCCACAGGUCAAUGCCGUGGCCAAUCAAGCUACAGGAAUGGGCUCGGAAAAUAUGGAGUUUUACAAAGACGCAACAAAGGAAUACCUUGGCAUCGCCAACAUCCAUGUCAUGAGAGAUUCUCUCAACAAGAUAGCCGAGGCCUUCGCCCAUACUGAUUACACAGACUAUGGCCCGAACCAAGAUCUUCUCGCCAAGAGCAAGUGGCUCGACUACAUUUCUUUGGUCUUGCGCGGCUCAAGUCUGGUAGCCCGCCAGGUCGGUAUAAACCAUUCUCACGUUCUCAUCCACUGUUCGGAUGGUUGGGAUCGCACUAGUCAGAUCAGUGCUUUGAGUCAGCUUUGCUUGGACCCAUAUUACCGUACUCUGGAAGGCUUCAUUGUCUUGGUAGAGAAGGAUUGGGUGUCUUUCGGUCACAUGUUCCGUCACCGGUCGGGAUUUUUGAGCAGUGAAAAAUGGUUCGAGAUUGAAAAUGAGCGCGUUGGGGGUAAUCGCAAGGCGGACAACCAAAACGCGAACAGUGGCAACGGAAACGCUUUUGGCAAUGCGCUUUCUACUGCCAGGGGCUUCUUUACCAAGAAGAACGACAGUAGGGAAUCUUUCGACGUAAAUGACGCUGGCGAUGGUUCACCAGUCUCCGCUCCAACAUCGAAGAGUGCUAAGCACACCACGACCAACGUCAAAGAGACGAGCCCAAUCUUCCACCAAUUCUUGGACGCCACCUACCAGAUGCUCCGACAACAUCCUACCAGAUUCGAAUUCAACGAGCGGUUUCUGCGCCGCUUGUUCUACCAGCUCUACUCGUGUCAAUACGGUACUUUCCUCUGGGAUAGCGAGCGCGACAGAGUCCAGGAACAAGCCUACGACAGAACGAGAAGCGUGUGGGAUUACUUCCUUUCUCGUCGAGAUAUGUUUGUGAACGAUCAGUACGACCCAACCAUUGAUGACAAGGUCUCUGGAAAGGAGCGCAUAAUACUUCCUGAUACAAACCAAGUCAAGUGGUGGCAUGAGUUGUUUGGUCGUACAGAUAUCGAGAUGAACGGAACUUCUCAGGCACCUACUGUCAGCUUGCCGAAGGAACCCAAGGAACCCAUCGUGACUGGCAUCGAAAACUCAGAGAUUUCUAUAGGGCCUGCUGCCAACGGCGGCAGUAUCAGUGGCCAGACUGCAAGCGCUUUUACUAACGGUGCCGCACGUCUGACUGCUGGGCUGGGCAAUUUGAGCUUUGCAAAGAACAGCACGAGUGCACCUAGCAGCCGACCUCAAUCCCCGCCAACAAGCGAAUCGUUACCACGUGCCAUGGACGAGCAGAUCAAAUCAGCAGCAACCAACGAGUCAGGCACAACCACCAAUGGCCGACUCUCAUUUUCAGCAUUCGCACGAGACAAUGCCUUUAGGGAUAACUAG